CCGAGCCCGUGAGUCUCCCUGCCCACAAGGCAACGGCGCCUUCUGUAUUUGUAGGGCGCGAGGCGCCAGCAAGUGCCCCAGCCGCCGGCCACCGCCGCGCGCCUGUUUCCUUUCUCCCAGCUUCAAGCUGCCUCAGCCGGCGACUGGAGACGCAUUUGAAUGGAGGACUCUGGAAAGGCUUCUAAAGGCGGAACCCUAAGCCUGUCUUUCCUUUAGUCUGCGGGGCUCACUACCCGGAAAGCUCGCCUGACCUUGAACUUAAAUUGGAGACCUAAGCCUCUGCAGAAAGGAGGAGGGGGCACGAGCCGAACAGGACAUCUCCGCUUCGUUUCCAGCCUGUGCGAGUGCAGGGACAAGAGGGACUGGGAGCCAGGAUUACUAACCUCUUUAUGAAGCGUCUGAUUUCGUGGCCAAAGCUCUGAGGUCCACGUGUAAAUGGCUCGACUCCCUGCCGGCAUUCGCUUCAUCAUCUCAUUCUCCCGGGACCAGUGGUAUCGAACCUUCAUUUUCAUUUUGACAUUUUUGCUGUAUGCGAGUUUCCACUUAUCUCGAAAACCUAUCAGCAUUGUUAAGGGUGAGCUCCACAAGUUCUGCGCUGCCCAGAAUGGGGCUGAAGUCAGAAUCAACAGCCAGAGCCAGAAAGCCAGCGCCCUCCCCUCUCCCCAGCUCCUGGACAAUGAGACAGACUGCGGCUGGGCCCCGUUUGAUCAGAACAACUACCAGCAGCUGCUCGGAGCCCUGGACUACUCCUUCCUGUGCGCGUACGCCAUCGGCAUGUACCUGAGCGGCAUAAUAGGGGAGCGCCUGCCAAUUAGGUAUUACCUAACUUUCGGAAUGCUGGCCAGUGGUAUCUUUACUGCCCUGUUUGGGUUAGGGUAUUUCUACAAUAUCCACAGUUUUGGAUUCUACGUGGUAACUCAGGUCAUCAACGGGCUGGUGCAGACCACCGGCUGGCCCAGCGUCGUCACCUGCCUCAGCAACUGGUUUGGAAAAGGAAGGCGAGGUCUGAUUAUGGGGGUCUGGAACUCCCACACCUCAGUGGGCAACAUCCUGGGGUCCUUGAUUGCUGGCUACUGGGUGUCCACGUGCUGGGGCCUGUCCUUCAUUGUGCCUGGGGCCAUCGUGGCAGCCAUGGGGAUCGUGUGCUUCCUCUUCCUCAUUGAGCAUCCGAAGGACAUCGCCUGCUCGUCCACCCUGGUGGCGCAUUCGAAAAGCUAUGAGAAUGGCGUGCACAGGUUUCGGCUGCAGAAGCAAGCCCUACCUGAUGAGAAGAAGCUGCUGGACCCAGAGACGCAGUGCUUGCUGCUGUCGGACGGGAAGCGUGCUGUCCAUCAGAACCACGUGAUCACCCUCCCAGCCGAGGGCGGGGGCAGCAUGGCCGCCAUCAGCUUCACCGGGGCCUUGAAAAUCCCCGGUGUGGUCGAGUUCUCCCUGUGUCUGCUCUUUGCAAAGCUGGUCAGCUACACGUUCCUCUUCUGGCUGCCUCUCUACAUCACAAGUGUCGAUCACCUGGACGCCAAGGAGGCGGGCGAGCUGUCCACCUUGUUUGACGUGGGCGGGAUCUUCGGUGGGAUCCUGGCAGGCGUCAUCUCGGAUCGGCUGGAGAAGAGGGCCUCCACCUGCGGGCUGAUGCUGCUGCUCGCGGCCCCGACGCUCUACAUCUUCUCCACCAUCAGCAAAAUGGGGCUGGAAGCCACCAUCGCCAUGCUGCUGCUCUGCGGGGCCCUGGUCAGCGGGCCAUACGCGCUGAUCACCACCGCCGUCUCCGCAGACCUGGGGACUCACAAGAGUCUGAAAGGAAACUCCCACGCCCUCGCCACCGUGACCGCCAUCAUCGACGGAACCGGGUCUGUAGGAGCGGCCCUGGGCCCUCUGCUGGCCGGGCUCAUCUCCCCGUCGGGAUGGAACAACGUGUUCUACAUGCUGAUGUUUGCAGAUGCCUGUGCCUUACUGUUCCUGAUCCGCCUCAUACACAAGGAGCUGAGCUGCCCAGGGUCAGCGACAGGGGGUCAAGUUCCGUUUAAGGAACACUGACCACUCAGUCCUGCAGAGGGACGCCAGGCCCGUCCACAAACUGUCUUUCAAGGAAAAGUUCAAGUAAAGGAUCCUGUGUUGAAAAGAAUGACUUACUCCUGCCUUUUGCACAUGCACCUGGAAAAGACACAAAAGCCACCUUGAGAGCUCCCGGCGCUGUUUCAGACGGGC